UUGCAGCGGAAGUUUAUGUCGUAGUAUGCUGAUAUGUUAAAAUAAUAUUAAACAGACUSAAAAACCCGUGGACGUACGACGUCGUCUUCGGACUGAAUUCUACAAAUUGAAAUGGCGAAAGGGAAGAAAACUGCGUUGAGAAGCAGCAAAACGUCUGAGAACAGUGUUGAACAUUCAGCCACCUCACAAACUGAGACAAAGGAAAACAAACCAGCAACUAAAAAGGAUUGUGCAGGUAAAGUUCAGACGAUCCUCCAGAGUUUUCGGAGUCCGAGAAAAUCUAGAUCCCCAUUAAGUGACAAUUCGAGCAUGCUGAUCCAGGAGGGAAAAGAUUCCGACACAUCCAAUUCAGACGUGUCAAAGCUGAAGCCAGACAUGCCUGAUAAAAUUAAAUCUGAGAGCUGUGAGUCCAAAGAACCGAGCCCCGAGGUGUCCUGUCAGACUAACGGGACCAGACAGCAAGCCUCUGAUCAGCCACAGCAAAAAGGAUCCUCCACACAGUCAAAUGUGAAGUCUGCUGCAAAAACUCAAGUUCCAGCAUCCAAACCUCUGAGUAAAACUGGCCGCAAGACCCGGGCAAAAAAGACGGAGAACAAAGCUGUUCAAAACAGAAAGGUCACGGAUUAUUUCCCCAUCAGACGGAGUGGCAGAAAAACAAAAACUGAGCUAAAGAGUGAGGAGCACAAACAGAUAGAUGAUCUGAUAAAGAAUGGAACUGAAGAAGGAAUGCAGGUGAAACACACUGAGGGGAAAGGAAGAGGAGUGUUUGCUGUUAAAGGUUUCAAAAAGGGAGACUUUGUUGUUGAGUACCAUGGCGACCUGCUGGACCUGACAGAGGCUAAAAAAAGAGAGGUCGAGUACUCAAAGGAUCCUGAAACAGGCUGCUACAUGUACUACUUCCAGUACCAAUCUAAAGCUUACUGUAUUGAUGCUACGAAGGAAACGGGUCGUCUCGGAAGGCUGCUAAACCACAGCAAAAGUGGGAACUGCCACACACGGCUCCACGGCAUCGACGGGACCCCUCAUCUGAUCCUGGUGGCUUCCAAAGACAUCAAAGCUGACGAGGAGCUGCUCUACGACUACGGCGAUCGAAGCAAGGACUCGAUCUCUGCACACCCGUGGCUCAAACACUGAAACCCCCAUCACAUCUGACAUUAAUGGAUGCCGUCUGGUUUGGGCGAGAGCAUUCCAUAAAACAAACAACAAAGGAACAGUGUUUAAAAUUUAUUGUUCUAUGAAGUAUAAACAUGUAUUUUUUUUUCUAGCUGAAGGUUAAAACUUCAGCUAGUUCAGAGUAUUUUUGCAAAAAUGAUUGUUUUUAUUGUGCUUUUAUAUUUUUCUAGGUAAACUAGCAGUUGGGUGGAAACAUGAAUUUAUAUAUUUUUUUCUCUUCAGGUGCUGUUACUUUGUGCAACAAAUUCAUUUCUGGUUGUAAACUAUCUGAGCUGUAUAUUGAGGAAUAAAGCAGUUGCAUUUCUAA